AUGUCUGCACCCUCAUUCUCCUCGUUUCCCCCUUCCUUUUCUUCAUUUCCCGAAUUAGACUCUGGUCGUCAAACCCCCAACGAACCGUCGGGUUCGCACAACGACAAGCGUCGAGAGAAGCGCGGCCAUAAGGCCGACAAAAAAAGCAAACACGACAAGCAUCAUAAACCCAAGAAGCACACCGAAGAUGGGGGAAAGCGGCAGGCACACGGUGUCCCACCAGAGUCUGGCCAAGGCUCCUCGAAACGUGUCUAUUAUUCUGAUCCUAAGGGGGAUCCUCUAAAUGUGUUGUACGGGGGGCUGCAUGCCGGAGAUGUACCUAAGCACCACUUGGUCGGCCGUGGCAAGAAGGUCCUGGGACUCUCUUCAGGCUGGACAGCAUCCCAUCGCAGCCGUAACGGCGUUGAGAUCGGCCCACGAGAGCGAAUCAAGACCGCCAGCCUCACGGAUUCCAAGGCACGCGCUCUCCUAGCGCUACCCCCGAAACGUAGGAUCGUAAAUCCCCCCGAGACUCACAGGUACGAGGAAGUGGACGGAUUCAUACGUCUUCCGACUCGUAAGGGCAACGGGGACCCGGAAUCAUCCUACCGUUCCAUUAAUAUUGGACCCAACGACCACACUGAUUCGAGUUCCUCCGAAUCCGAAGGAGCCGAUGAUGCCUCAAGCGACACCGACUCUGCGACAGAGCUAACAUCCCUCCAGGUAUCCAUCCAAUCCUUGGAACAGGAACUCUCUGCGGAUCCUACUUCAAUAACGCACUGGCUAGCCCUUCUGUCUCAUACGCUCUCUACAAUCCCGAUUACAUCUAAGAAUGCAACUAAAGCCCGUUCAGAGAUUACACUCUCAUUACUAGGACGCGCACUUGCCGCACACUCUCAGAACGCCGGGUCAACCCGCCUCCGAAUAAAGUACCUGAAAGCAGGGGAGGAAGUGUGGCAUGAGAGUAAAGUCCGUGCUGAGUGGGAGGGCGCCUUGAAGUUGGGCCGGCCUAGCCUGUGGAUGGAAUGGCUAGAGUGGAGGAUGAGGAACGGAAGUAACGGAAUACCAGGCAUUCUUGACGACGCAAGACGUGUCCUGACUGCGUUAGGGGAGCUAGAGUUAGCCAAAAUUAGGGUCUUUUGGAGGAUAGCCGUUGAGCUUAGGAAUGCAGGCUUCACCGAACGCGCCAUGGCCAUGUUCCAAGCGCAAUCUGAAUUGACAUUUGAAGUGCCUCAAGAUUUGUAUGGUUUGCCGCUGCCGCAUCUUUUGACUUCGCUGGAAGAGUUUUGGGAGUCGGAGACUCCAAGGAUCGGAGAAAUUGGCGCCAAGGGAUGGUCCUCUUGGUUUACGUCCAAGAAGGUCGAGCAGGCAAGAAACUCAGAAAGUUCGUCGGCGCUCGGCUCGAACCUCAACAUCUCCGACCCUUAUCUACGCUGGUCUCUCCUCGAACUCCACUCUGACCGACAUUUUCGCUUGCCCUCUCGCUCCUACGAUGCGGUAUCCGAAACAGAUCCAUACACAACCAUUCUCUUCGCGGAUGUUCGAGACACAUUGAUGGAUUUGAAGACCAAUCGCGCGAAAGACGCUUUUCGUCUAUCCUGGCUCUCUUUCCUCGGCCUUCACAUCCCAGGUUUUACCAACACCCUCAUUUCGGACGAUGGCAUGGAGUCCUGGGAUGAUAGAUGGGCGUAUACUCAUCUAACGGCGCCGGCGUUGCUGAAUUCUAUUUUCCCAUCGCCAUCGGAGCAGAAGGCGGUUCUCGCUGAUGCCGUCGCGGGAGUCAUUAUCGGUCGUUCGAAGGAGUACACGCCCGUAUUCGGACCGGUGAAAUCCUGGGGGUACGGAGUGCUGGGGGCUUUGGAUGUAGGGCUUGUAUUUGCGAAGCAGUCGCUCUGGUCUAAACAAGAACUGGAAAGUGCAGAUACCCUGUUGAUGCGGAGGGUUUUUGAGCAGCUGCGGCUCAGCGCCACAGAUCAUGAGUGGGAUGAGUUGGCUUUGGCGUUCGAACACACAUUGAAUGCGAAGGCUGCGACGAAGCUGUCGCGGACUUUCCUGUCGAAAGCACAAAACUCCCUGCCCCAUUGGUCGUUCCACGCCAAACUCGAACGCCUACGCGGAAAGCUAGACGAGGCACGGAAAAUCUACCAUACCGUGCUCAUCGCUUCAUCACCAUCUGCGGACACGCACUUCGCCCGAGGUAAGCUGUGGUGGGAAUGGGCUGAGAUGGAAUGGCUGGCUGGGAAAGACGCGGAGGCGUUGCAUGUGGUGAUGAAAGCAGCUGGUGUCGAAGGGGAAGGAGGAUUGGGCACGUUGAGAGCCAAGAGAUCUCUGGAAGAUGCCAUCAAUGCACUGCGUCAGAAUGAAGCGUGGAAAGAUAGAGAGGCUUGGAUACAGAUACAGGCACUACUGGUAUUGUUGGUUGGAGGAGGUCUGCCCGCUGCAUUGCAAGUUUUCGACCGAUACAAGGACCAUCAUGAAAUCGACGACGUGGCUCGGGAAAGCCUCACCGUGGCAGGUAUUCUUAUGACAUACCGGUACGGUGUUGUGCUUCGAAACCCAAUGCCUCCGGUACUACUGAGGGAUCGGGCGGCAGCUGCGCUCGAGUCUUAUGGAAGCAACUCGCUUGUGUUGGCGAUGUUCUUGGAGGCUGAAAAGGGACAGGGUGUAUGGGGACGAGUAAGGAGUAUGUUAGGAGACGAAGCGGCAGGAAAUGGACAUUGGAAGGAGAAGGACGUCGCUAGGCGAGUGGAGGAAGUGUGGAUUGCUGGCUGGGAGAAGGGAAGAUGGUUGGGCGAGGUCGAACGGACACGAAAAGGUCUCGCCGGCGCUACAGAGAGCGAACGAACUCGGGCUAGCUAUGUAAUAUGGCGUGUCUACCUCGAAUUCGAAAUUCGUGUCGGCCAGCUAGAGCGAGCUAAAAAGCUGCUAUACAGAGCGAUAGGUGACUGCCCAUUGGCCAAAGAGCUAUAUCUCUUGGCCUUCGGACCACUUCGCAAGGUUUACACUCCGAGCGAGCUAAAUGCAUUCGCGGACACCAUGGCUGAAAGGGGGCUUCGCAUGCGAAGUGGGUUGGACGAAGCUUUGAGCGGGUGGAAGGGCGACAGCGACGAGGAGAGCCAUGGCUCGGACAUGGACGAGAUUGAGCAGAACGCGGAGGAGUACCGGCGCUUAAGACCAUAUUAA